CACGUGAUCGUCUGAGCCAAUCAUGUCAGUACCAACUUGCCCAACAGGCUGGAAGUUUCAGACCUCUCGAGGUCCACGGUUGUGUUCAUGGGGACGAACAGGCGAUAAAUGCCGAAUUUGUGUACUGUCAUGUUUUGAACACUAAUGUGAAGCAUGUUUAAGUUACUAUGUUUAUAAAUAUGAUCCAAAUCAACUAUAUUUUGCAUGAAAUAUUGUAGGUGACCCAUCAUGUGAUGUAGCUGACCAAUCAAAUUCACGGCUUUUUGAACGAACGUAUAAAAGCAUUCUGGUCCUCGCUUGGGAGUGCGAUGCUGUUGACUGAUACCCAUGGUGUGCUGGAAAAUCUGGCCCAAGCGAUGGACCCGAAGAGCCAUCCGGCGCUGCAAGGGUACCAGCAGAAUGCACUAAACAUCAACGCAGGGUCAAAUGGGGAUGCAGAGAGCCCCACAAGGACAGAUGGUGAUGAACCAAAUUCAGUAAGUCGUGGCACCAUGAAGGGCAUCUCAACUCAUGAGAACACAGUGCCCAACAAUGUGAACCACAGUGGUGGUGAUGGGGAUGAUGGGGGUGAGGGGCCUGCUGCCCCCACCUCCCAGAAACGAGGGCGUCUAACUAAUCAGCUGCAAUACAUACUCAAAACAGUCAUGAAGGCUGUGUGGAAACAUCAGUUUGCUUGGCCAUUCCAUGUACCUGUUGAUGCAGACAGACUCAAUUUACCGGAUUACCACAAGAUAAUCCGAACACCAAUGGAUCUGGGAACAAUAAAAAAGAGACUUGAAACAAAUUAUUACUGCUCUGCACAAGAAUGUAUUCAGGAUUUCAGCACAAUGUUCACUAACUGCUAUGUAUACAACAAGCCAGGGGAUGACAUCACUCUGAUGGCACAGACCUUGGAGAAGUUGUUCCUGCAGAAGGUGGCCCAGAUGCCUCAAGAGGAGGUUGAAUUGUCAAUCCCUCAGAAGAAAACUCCAGGUCCUAAGGGAUUCCGUGGUCGUGGGGGUGGAGGUGUUGGGAGAGGACUAGUGACUCCUCGUGGUGUUGGGACACUUGGACCGAAAAGUGCUUCUGUAGUUGCUGCAGCAGCAGCGCAGGCCGUGGCUGCUUCUCAGCCUUCCACUCAAAAUACUGUUGUGCCCCCACCUGUCAUGCCACCUAACAAUACAACGCCAACGCCAACACCAACACCAGCACCAGCACCAAUACCAGCACCAGUGACACCACCAGCUCCACCGGUUUCUGUGGCGUCAUCUGGGCAACAACAACCUCCACCUCCUCCUCCAGUGCUUACUCACACGUCACCACCCCCAUUAGCAGUACCCCCUUCAAUUAUACAGCAGCCAUCUAUGCCAGUGAAGCCCUCGCCACCACCUCUUCAGCCACAACUUCCCACUCCUAUUUCUGACAUAACAGACAACUCAGUUAUGCCGCCGUCUGUGCUACCUCCAGCUCAGAUUACUAAAACUAAAAAAGGAGUGAAGCGGAAAGCAGACACCACUACUCCAGCUGCCAUAGUAACAAAUUCAGCUGGCAUCGACCCUGCAUCAAUAUAUUCACCUAAAAUCCCAGGCAGACUGCCUCCAACAAGACGAGAAAGUAAUCGCCAGAUCAAGAAGCCCAAGAGGGACUUGCCAGAUGACCAGGUCGUUGUAUUAGAUGAAGCGCAGCAUAGUUCCAAAAAUAAGAAAGGGAAGAUCUCAGAGCAGAUGAAGUAUUGCAUUAAUCUCAUCAAGGAAUUGUUUGCCAAGAAGCAUGCUACUUAUGCCUGGCCAUUCUACAAGCCAGUAGAUGCAGAUUCACUUGAACUUCAUGAUUACCAUGAUAUCAUUAAAAAGCCCAUGGACCUUGGCAGUGUGAAGAGGAAACUAGAGAAUCGUGAAUACCGUACGCCAACAGAGAUGGCAGAAGAUGUGCGGUUGAUCUUCACUAACUGUUAUAGGUACAAUUCAGGAGACAGUGAUGUGGUGCAGAUGGCAAGGAAACUUCAGGAUGCAUUUGAGAUGAAGUAUGCCAAAAUGCCUGAUGAACCACUCCCGCCUGAACCAACGCCCCCACCCUCUGUGCCAAUGGUGGCUCCCAAAACUGAGUCUCGCACCAGUGAUCUCUCUUCCAGCAGUGAUAGUGAUGAUAGUGAUGUUGAUGAUGACAGCGAGGAGGAGAGAGAGCGAAAGCUGAAGGAGUUGCAGGAACAGUUUCAAACAAUACAAGAGCAGUUGUCCAAGUUAACAAAAGAACAUAUGAACAAGUUAAAGGAGAAGAGAGAAAAGAAGAAGAAAAAGAAACGAAGCAAGGAAAAAGAAGUUGAAAAGGACAAACUUGUUGAACCUCCUGUUCUCCCCACUCCCCCUCCUGUACCGAGUGCACCCAGGAUUUCGCUGGAUCCUCCCAAACCAAAGAAAAAAUCCAAACAGAAGUCUCCAAGUUCUAAACGAUCAAGGACUAACAGUCGGUCCUCAACUAGGAGGAAAAUGCCGGUGGUGGUGCCAUCCGCAGGACCAAUCCUGCCUUCAUACGAUAGUGACGAUGAAGACAAUGCUAAGCCAAUGACUUACGAUGAAAAGAGACAGCUGAGUUUAGACAUUAACAAGCUGCCAGGUGAUAAGCUUGGUCGUGUGGUGCAUAUUAUACAGUCAAGAGAGCCGUCCUUGCGAGAUUCCAAUCCUGAUGAGAUAGAAAUAGACUUUGAAACAUUAAAACCUUCAACUCUAAGGGAACUGGAAGCAUAUGUAAUGUCAUGUUUAAAGAAAAAGCCUCGGAAGCCAUAUUCCAAGAAGACCUCGGGUAAGACAAAAGAGGAUCUGCAGCGGGAAAAGCAGAUGGAGUUGGAAAUCCGAUUGCAAGGCGUACAACAGCAGCUGGCCGGAGGCAAGAAACCAGCCACUGAACGAGGCAGUGUUGAGGCUGGAGGUGGUCAAAGUCGUCUAAGUGCAAGCAGCAGCAGUUCUUCUGGCAGCGACACAAGCAGCGAUAGCAGUUCAUCUAGCUCGUCAGAGUCAAGUGACUCAGAAUCAGAAAAGACUCCUCGAAAGUUGAAGCCAAUCCCGCCACGGCCCGAGUUUCCCCCAGGAAGCCCUGGACGUUCCCCACCAGUGAAGAUAAUGUUGGGAGGCAACACUCCAGUUGUUGUGUCAUCACCGCCACCACCCUCACCACUUUGCUCCCUUCACCCGUCAUUUCCUCCUCCUCAAGCUGCAGCUGUGACUGCAGCACAUGCUGCUGCUGCCGCUGCUGUUGCUGCUACUGCACAGCCCAGUCUUCCUACACCAGUCAUUCAGCACAAGCCACUGUCUCCUGCAAGAGCCCCAAAGCCUGUAACUCACACACACAUGCCUCAACAGCCAAGUCGACCCACGGCAAUGGCCACAGCCAAGCCACAGGUGAAGAAUACCAUUCCAGUGACGCCAAGUCUCCCGGUCAGUAAACCUCCUUCCAUGUCACCACAAGUGGAGGUGACGUCACCACCAAAGAUGCCACUCGAAGUCAGAAGAACCUCUCCCAGAAUCCAGUCGCCACCUGAUGACAUAUCCAAACUAUUCCCUUGUGACGAUGAGCCUGAGAGCCCCAAACCCAGUCCGAAGCCAGCCCCUCCUGGGGCCACCAUUUCUGCUCACGGUGUAGGCAUAGCCUAUGGAUCAGGAUCUGCGAUGUUGUCCCAGCCUUCACCCAUCGAGCUUCAGAAGGAGCCAAAGAUGCAUAUGCCGUCCCAUGCCGCUGCAGCAGCAGCAGCAGCAGCUGCCGCCGCGGCCGCUUCCAAACAGAAACAGAAUGUGUUGAAGAAUGCCGGCUCCUGGUCAAGCAUUGCCAUGUCCAACUCUUCACACAAUAUGGCAAGGAAACCUGCUGCUGUGAACAGCUUUGAACACUUCCGUAAACAAGCCAAGGAGAAAGAAGAGCGGGAACGAGCAUUGCAAACCCAACUGCUUCAUCGUCAACAGGUGAAGGAGAAGGCUGAGAGGGAACGUCAGCGUCAGGAACGUGAGCGACAGAGAGAGCGGGACGAGGAGGAGGCCCUUGAGCAGGCCAAACAGGCCCAGCAGGCCCAGGCUCAGGCCCACCAUGCUGAGAUCAUCCGUCAGCGUGAGGUGGAGCAGAUCAACAAGCAGAAAGAACGCGAAAGGAUGCGGGAACAAGAGCGUAGACGCAGAGAGGCGUUGGCCAACCGUAUCGAUAUGAACGAACAGAGUGAACUGAUGGCAUCCUUUGAGGAAAUGUUAUAGUGACUCCCACUCUGUGGAGCGUGUUGCCUAUUUGCUUGAGAGUACCUUCUGAUAGUGCCAGCAGGCGCCGAGCUCAUGGUGGAGAGGAGGGCUGGCAGCCCUCCCACCUUGAAGCAGUCAACGGGCCUCGCACAAUGAGGACGACCUGAAAAAUCAGGGAAAGUUUAUCCUCGUUCUGACGUCGGAGCAGAGAUCUGGACAUACACAUGGUUCACCAUAGCCUUGUUUCUCCAUAUCAGACUAUUUAUACAGAAAAGCGUCAGUUGAUUUGACUGAAAGACAAUCUGUUAGGAAAUGUGACAAUACAAACAAAGCGGAAAUAUCUGCAUUUUCAGACAGGUUCAGUGAAAGCAGAAUUUUCAAAAUGUUCAAUGCAAAGUGACCCUGGUCACAUGAAACGGAAUCCUGAUUGUUUUUAUUAUUGCUUGAGAUUGUAAGUUGGGGUCCAGUUAUGUGAUUCUAUUUCAUCGAUCCAGUUGACAUCUAAAAAGUCAGAGUAAGGUUUCUUGAGCACGUCGUAAUGAUGCCACAACAAGCCAUCCUCACAGAACGAAUGGCGCAGUGUUAUGCUGUUCAUGUGAAGAUGUAGGUGUGGUGAUCCGACCUAUUGCCAGCUUGGAUGUAAAGACAGAUUAAUUUCUCAGGAACUGUACAGAGCAUGUUAUGCAAGCCGGCUGGCGUCCAUCCUCCUCCACAGGGGCUCAGCUUCAUUUGCAACCUAAGCACUUUAAAGUUCAAAUGAUCACCUGUUGUAUAUAGGCAUUCAUUCUCAUGCCCUUUCUAGCAAUAACUGUUCACUGUGAAGUAUUAGUGAUUUACCUAUGGCCAAGGACUGGUCUAUUGUGUUUGUGCAUGCCAGGUGUUCUUUGUGUGAUUGUUGUCAUUGUUUCCAUGGCAACUGGUCAGCUGUAUGUGACCUGCAAUGUGUCAGCGUGGUAAGGUCAGCUGUCUCAGAUUGUACAAGCUGUGUAGCCAUGGCCAGUGCAUGUGCAGUCCCAGUGUAGCUGAAGUAGCUAGCCACAAUGUGUUCUAGUCACAAUGCCGCAUAAUCCAUAUUGUGCAGUAGGACUGUAACAAUACAGGGGGGCUCGUUACAAUGUAUAUUUAGUGCAAAUGGGGGCAGUACAAUGCGUAAUGCAUUGCACCACCACAAGAGUUUUUGUUAGAUACAAAGCACAGGUUUGGGAUCUUUAUCAUGAAAUAUUACAUUUCUGAUAUUCGUUGCACUGUAAAAUGCCUGUAUGUAAAUGUGUUGUAUCUCAAUACAAUACUGUAUCGUUACAACCCUUAUGCAAAGUUAAAAAAAUAAGUCAAAUUUAUAUAGUCUGGAAUCCAGAGCCCCACAUAUAUUAUGCACAGUGUAUAGUAUAAAUUGUAGCAAAUAGACUGUUUAGUAUGAGCAUGUUACAAAAUAUGAGCUUCAUUAUUUUGAAGUGAAUUUCUUGAAAGGCUAUUAUUAUGCUUCAUAUUAUCUGCAAAGUCACAGGAAUAAUCAUUUCUCCAAUCCACAUUGUAAACAAGAAUGAACACACAUUUGGUUUGACAUGAAGGCCUUAUAAGAAAUAUCUACAUACUAUCUGGCAUUUCAUUGUCUACUCAGGUUGCAAAAUGCUAUUUCUUUGAGAAAUACUUGCUUGUAACACAUUCACCUCUGAACUAUGGUAUACAAUGGGUCAGAUGGGUGAAUUCUCGCUCUUAGAUUCAAGAAACAAGGGAAUUGUUUUAUGUCUUGGGUGGGGGGUGGUAAUAACAUACUGGUUGAGAUGUGACAUGCACUAGCCAGUUUUCUGUUAUUUUCCUUCAGACAUCACAUAACAUUCAGGUUGGUGCUAAUGUCAUCAUUUUUCUAGCAGUAUUAAAUGUUUUCUCUUUUGCCCCCUUUUCCUAAUAUCUUAAAGAGUACAUACUGCCUCCAUCUCGGGGCAGUUUGCACUGCCGACAAUGCCCGUGUCCAGUUGUCCCGUGUCCUAAACCGUUUAAUUAGUAUGAAAAUGUGGCAGUUUUGCUUUAUGUCUGUCAAUUUCUCAAGCCUAAGGUAUGUGUGUGUUCUUUCCAAGUAUUCAUGUCUAGUGAUAUGAAUAUCUGCCCAUAGUGAGGAGUAUUCUGUACAUUUUUGACAAGCUUAAUAUAUUGUAUGAUCUGGAGUGAUCUGAUGGAUGAAUGGGUAGAAGACUGAGGACAAGGCACUCCGAUUGUACACCUUAUCUCGGAAAUAGGUCUAUACAUUUUCAUGUUAUCAUCAAAAGCCAUUUGCUGGCAUCAUUUUGUACUUAAUCUUGUCAAUCCAGCUUGGUUUGAUCGUUUCAUCAUAAAAAUAGGGUGCUUACAUGUUUCAUUGUCAUCAACAGGAUCAUUAUCUGAUACUUUCUUCUUGAGUAUGCCAUCAAACAUGUUUCAGUGACUCACAUUUUGUAACAUUUCUGUAGAUUUGUACUUUUGUUAUUUGUGUAGUAUGAGAGUAAUUGUAUCUAUAUUGUAGGCCUUUACUUUGUGUUCUGUAGAUUAGUGUCCAGAUGAUGCUACCCUUUGGAGUUAUGUCCCCUUGAAUGUAACUUCUUUUUUCACUUUACUGUUUCCGCAUUUACUGAUUAAGCUAUACCGUAGUAGCAAUACACACUUCAUUGUAGAUUUGGGAUUGCCACUUGCAUUCAGUUGAGUAAAACAUGGUCAAAUUGAUAAACAGUGGAAGUUUUUAGCUGUACAGUCUUGCCAUAGCCACUAUAGUAUUCUGUGAAUGUAAAUCUGUAUGUUUACAAGUAAGCAUUUGUUCCAUUUCCACUUCAAAUAGGGGACAUAACUCUGUAUGUGCUAGCACCAAUAUGGCUGAAUGUUGCUUGUGACACGACCAUGUGCCAGCCAGACUGAGAAGAGAUCACAAAGAAAGUUGCUGUGUGAGAGAAAGAGAGAGAGAAGCUAUUGUCCAUCAGGUGUAUUUAAUGAUUAUUUAACUAUUGCUGUUGAGUGUUUCUUCAUAGUAUGGACGGACAGAGAAACGGGCCUGCAUGGAGGGGACCCACCUGUACUGCACAGUUAUAUUUUUGUUACCUAUUGUGUACAGCUCAAUAAAACAUCAUUGUCAGUAUUA